AUGCAUCCAAUUAACGUAGCACCCCACACUGAAAUUCCCGGAGAAAAGACCCACGUCGGCACCUCCCUAGUAGACACCGCCGCCUCCACCAUCCAAUCGUUCGGCCCAACCAAACAAAUCCACCAACACCUCUGCGCAUUUCACUUUUACGCCGACGAUAUGACGCGACAAGUGGAAGCGCACCACUACUGCGGCCAUCAAAACGAGGAAAUGAGACAGUGCUUGAUCUACGAUCGUCCAGAAGCCGACGCCCGGUUAAUCGGAGUUGAAUACAUCGUAACAGAAAAACUGUUCUUAACCUUGCCGGAUUCAGAAAAACCGAUGUGGCACAGCCACGAGUAUGAGGUGAAGAGCGGCGUCCUUUUCCUUCCCGGCGUCCCUGGUCCUGUUGAGCGGCAAGAUCUGGAGAAGGUGGCGAAAACUUACGGGAAGACGAUUCACUUUUGGCAGGUGGAUAGAGGCGAUCAGCUGCCGUUAGGUCUACCGCAGGUGAUGAUGGCUCUAACUCGUGAUGGCCAGCUUUACCCUAAUCUUGCUAAAGAAGUGGAGUCUCGCUAUGGUGUUUCGUUCCAAAAGGAAAGGGAAAACAGAGCGUAUAUGGAAGGUUUAUCCCUAGGAAUUCACCCAAAAGCAAACGCCGGUGGAGUCGGACUCAAAACUGUUGUACGAGAGAUCGAAUGCAAGCCUUCCGGCCACCCUACUCUGGAACCUAUUCCUAGGGUUUUCGUUUGA